CAAUGACGUUCGCCAAACGGUGACGACUCUGCGAUAUUAUUGAAGCAACUUUACACAAACAGGAGUGGUCAACAUGGCGAAAGCUACGGAUGCGUCGAAGAAGAAGGCGGCUGCCUUGAGUCAAGAGCGCAUAGUGGACUCGGACAGCGAGGGUGAUUCACGGCCGACACAAACGGUCCAGAAAUCAAAGAAGGAUCCCAAAACAAGGCAGAACACACUUGCAGCCAGGCCGAAGGUCACCAAACCAAGCACGACAUCUCAAUCGGCAGCGAUCAAACCUGUCAAGGACAAAGCACAAUCAGCGCCUGCUGUCAAACCAACUGCCGUGGCGCAAAGACAAACUAAACAGGCGAGAGAGGACUCGGAAGAGUCAGAGAGUUCAGAAAGUGAGCAAGAAUCGGACGAGGAAGAAUCAGAUGAGGAUUCUUCAGCGGACGAAUCACCAGCAACCAGUGCGAUUGUGCCUGGCAAGGCCAAUGGUGUGAAGCGCAAAGCGGCGGAGGAAAUUUCAUCAGAGGAGGAAGACUCAGACUCAGACGGGGAAGAGACAGCACCACAAGCUAAAAGAGCGAGGAGUAAAGAGGCUGAAGCAGCGAUCGUGGUCGAAUCGAGUGAUUCGGAGGAUGAAGAAGUAGAAGAUGAAGAGAUGCCGGACGUGUCUGUGACCGCGCAGCCAGCGAAGCCUGCUGUGCCAAGUGCGAAAUCUACGAGACAAGCGAUUCCAGCAAGACCGUAUCAUCCACCAGCCGGAUACUCUUUGGUCGAGUCUGCUACGGUGUCCUCGGAAACCUCAACUCUGUUGUCCGGCAGCGCUUUGGAAGGCAAACAAAUAUGGCAUAUCAUUGCACCCUCCAACGUUCCACUCUCAAACCUCAAAUCUUUGUCCCUAUCGGCCAUCAACUCCACAACGCCAGUUCUUACGCACAACAACAUCUCGUAUAUCCUCAGACCAAAUCAUGCGGCCACUUCAAAUUCCAGCGUGCUAGUGCCCCACAACUCAACAUACGAAUUUGCGUCCGCAAAGGUCAUGUCUACGUUGCAAUUGCAAGCUCAGAUUGACCUACCGAAUCUCUCCAAGCGUCAAGCCGACCUGAACACUGGAAGCUCUGCGGCCGCGAACAUCGCUCAGGCGCCUCUCAGUGCCAUCCGGCCCCAACCCAAAGGACUUAGAAUGAGAUUUCGGCCGCCAGGCUUCGGAUCGGGCAAUCCCGGGCGCAUCGGAGUCGAUAAUGCUGAAGGCGCCGGUAAGGAUGACGACGAAGAUAUGGAUGGAGGGGAGCGUGAUGGUCAAGCGCUACAAUUUCCACAGGCAUUAGGCGCACAUACUGGCCGUCUUCGCCCGGACACGUCAGGGACAAAUGCUCCAGCACCAGCAAAAUCGAAAAAGUCGAAAAAGAGGAGAGAAGGAGUCGAAUCACUGCCUACAGCACCCGAAGUAUCGAAGCAAGCAGACGACGACGCGGCGGCCAAAGCGGCAAGGAAAGAAGCCAGGAGGAAGAAGAAACAGGAAGGAAAAGCUUAAUGAGAAAUUCCCUAGGCUACAGUGCUUAAAAGCAGCUCUCGUCGCCAUCUGUUACCAACAAUAAUGAAAAAUGCCGUCGUACAUUUUGUAUAAUCGGCCUGUAAAUCUAUACGCAUCACGAAGUCUUCAAUGUUGGUCU